AUGACCAUAGCCUUCGAAAAAACUCUUCGUUUAAAAAAUCUUCAAAUUACGGAUACGGAAGAAGAGCUAAAGGCUGUAAAAGCAGUCGUAAAAAGAGACGCUUCGUACCGUAUCUUCGUGAAAAGAAUUGCGAUGCAUAUCUCAUUGGAUGUCAUAAAAGACAAAUUCUCGUUCUUCGGCAGAGUUAUGGAAAUUGAAGAAAAUUCAAGGGCGGGAAUCAACCGUUCUGUUUUCAUCACUUUCUUUGAGCGGGAAGCGGUUCAGCUAGCAUUAACGACGAAACCGUUGGUUUUAAACGGCGAGAAUUUAAAAGUGAUGGCGUUCUUGACGUUCGGAGCUCCAGGCCAAAACUCAGAAAAUACUGUUCCGUCUGGAGGUGGCGCUGGAGUCGGAGGCGGUGCCGCUGGAGUCGGUGCUACUGGAGAUGCUACUGGAGGUGCUACUGGAGGUGCUACUGGAGGUGCUACUGGAGGUGCUACUGGUGGCGGAGCCGGUGCCAACCGCCGCUAG